AAUACGCCCUGGUGCGCAAUACCCACCACUCCCCCCGUUUUGCUUCCACACCCACCCGCUGCCGCAAGAUCGAACGAACGGAGCUAGGAGGGCGCAGAAAAACCCGAGAGACUUCCGUGUCCUUGACAACAACGUGCCGUCUCAACGUCCGCUCUUUCCCGAAAUUAAAUUUCACGAAAAUUCCAGCUUUUCAUUUCGCUUUCAUUUCAGAUGAAUUUCAUUUCUAUAACUAUUAACUAACUUGCGCCAACCUCCGUUUUCCUCACCAACGAGUCUUUCUGAGGAAGAAGAAUAGCCUUAUAUAAACCCCAAAACCCUGAAAAAACCCUUACAUCCAAAGAAAGUUUUUUUUUAAAAAAAAACCCUAGAUUUCUACUCUACCGAGGAAUGGCGUCGGAGGUGGUCGAUCCUGAACAGCCCAAGCUGUCGUUCUUCGGGAGGGGUCUUGGGAAUGAUGGGGUGAAGAAUUCUUCAGGUGAAAUUGAUUCGGCAAGAGAGCCUCUUAUUGAUCCUUCUUGUGAGGAAUACUCCGUUCGCGCUGCGAUUCUCCCGUUUUUGUUCCCAGCUUUAGGAGGGCUGCUUUAUGGCUAUGACAUUGGUGCUACAUCAGGUGCUACCAUAUCUAUAGAGUCAUCCACUCUAAGUGGAACAACAUGGUACAACUUAUCUUCUGUGGAAGUUGGGCUUGUGGUCAGUGGUUCACUAUAUGGAGCCUUAAUUGGUUCUAUUCUCGCAUUUAGUAUUGCCGACUUUUUAGGAAGACGGAGGGAGUUGAUGCUUUCCUCUGUGCUCUAUUUUGUUGGAGCUUUAGUAACAGCACUAGCUCCCAACUUUCCUCUUAUGGUGAUUGGACGCUUUGUGUUUGGCAUUGGAAUUGGAUUGGCCAUGCAUGCUGCUCCAAUGUACAUUGCCGAGACUGCAGCGUGUCAAAUAAGAGGCAGGCUGAUCUCUCUUAAGGAGUUCUUUAUAGUUCUUGGAAUGCUUUUAGGUUAUACUACAGGCAGUCUCUACAUCAGUAUGGUUUCAGGAUGGCGCUAUAUGUAUGGAACUAGUUUACCCAUAUCAUUGGUUAUGGGGAUCGGAAUGUGGUGGUUGCCACCAUCACCUCGAUGGCUGCUUCUAUGCUCGUUACAGGGAAGAGGCAAUGUGCCAGAGGUGCGACAAAAAGCGAUAUAUUGUCUCAGCCGGUUGAGAGGUAGAGCUAUUGAUGAUUCAAUUUCAGAACAAGUAGAUGAAAUUUUGGUUGAACUUUCUUAUGCUGAUCAAGAGAAGGGAACUUCAAUUUGGGAGGUCUUCCAAGGAAAAUGCAAGAAAGCACUUAUAAUUGGUGCAGGAUUGGUUUUCUUUCAGCAGGUUACAGGACAACCGAGUGUGUUGUAUUAUGCUGCUACAAUUCUUAAGAGUGCAGGAUUUUCUGCAGCAUCUGAUGCUACUCGGGUCUCAAUUCUUCUUGGCUUCCUAAAGUUGCUUAUGACUGGAGUAGCUGUUGUUGUAGUCGACAGGCUUGGCAGAAGACCUUUACUGAUAGGAGGUGUGAGCGGCAUUGUAAUUUCUCUGUUCCUACUAGCAUCAUACUAUACAUUUUUAAAUGAUGCUCCACUCGUGGCCGUAGUUGCGCUGUUGUUGUACGUUGGAUGUUAUCAGUUAUCCUUUGGCCCCAUUGGUUGGCUAAUGAUUUCGGAGAUUUUCCCCCUUCGACUUAGAGGGCGUGGACUAAGUAUAGCAGUGCUUGUCAAUUUUGCCUCAAAUGCACUGGUGACCUUUGCCUUCUCCCCACUACAGACACUGCUGGGUACUGGACUCCUAUUUGCAGUUUUUGGGGUCAUCGCGAUAGUGUCUCUCAUUUUCAUAUUCUUCUGCAUACCAGAAACAAAGGGGCUUAGUCUUGAGGAAAUCGAGGCGAAGAUCCUUUAGAAGCCUUCUUCUCUGUCAAAGGUUAUUUGGACUGAAACUCUUUCUGCGGCCACAACUAAUUCAGACAGGGUGAUGCGGACUGCUACCUUGUUUGUACACUGAACACAUGCAACGUCUACCGUAGACACAAAAGCAGCUACUGUUUCCAAGAUAUAUCUGUCUUUGGUACUGUGAUACUAAAUGCAAAAGCUGUAUUUGUGAUGUAUGCAUGCUGGAUUGUUGCUCCAUC